AUGGACGAGUUUAGCAUGGAAUUUCCUGAUCUUGGAAACUUGAAGAAAAUAAAGAUUGGCCACGAUAAUGCCGGUUUGGGCGGAGCUUGGUAUCUAGAGAAGGUCGAGGUCAUAAAUUCAGCUAAUCAGAAACGUUGGAAUUUUUCGCACUACAGAUGGAUUGGUAAAAAAGAUGACGAUGGAAGAUUGGAGCAUGAGAUUUACGCCGAUGAAGCUGACGAUGGUGGUGGUGGUGGUGGUGGUGGUGACAAAAAAAAUAGCGGAGCCCCAAAAGGAGAUCAUGAUGGAAAGAAAAACUCUAAAAAGGAUUUGAAAUAUUUUGAAUAA